AGAAUAAUUCUAACAUAACAGUGGGUAACAAUGGUUCUUUGUGGUAUGAAAUUGAAAAGGUUCGAAGGAACUAAAGGGAAAGCAGUGUACAAAAAUCAAUAAGAGUCGUUCUUGCAAGAAAGAGGAAAGUAUUAAAAUAAAUCGUGAAAAAUUGUGGAAAAAACUCUGAGGAAACUUUCGAAAAAUCAUUAAUUUCAAUCGUGAUUUAUUAAAAUUAUUGUGUCUGGUGAUUCGGUCUUGAAGUAUCGAUACAUCAUCGAGAUGAGAGCGUGUGAUUGCAAGUACGAUCGUCGUCAGGUGUAAUAAUUAUGAAGAAGCGUAGUAAUCACGAGGGUAAAAGCGGAAAGAAUAAGCAAAACGAAUCGAAGAGUAAAAAGAAUGACAAGAAUCAGAUGAAUGAUAAUAAUAAGAAUAGCAAUAAGAACGAGAAGAAUGAUAAUGACAGUGUAAUUUUAAACGACGACGUUGAGAAUCAGGGAUUCGGUGACUGGCUGAGAUCUAGCGACGGUUUGGAAAUGAUGAGACUGUUCGUCAUCGCCAAUUCUAUAUUAAUAUUCGUGACUAUGGGAGUGCCGAAAAUCCAAGAAGCAAUUACGUUCAUGAAGGAAUACUACAAUGGGAAUUAAUUAAAUCGCACCCAAUUAACGUCGAAUUAAAAUCGUUAUUGUGUUAAUAAUCGAGAGAUAAAUUACUAGAGAUUAAAGAUCGAUGGUUAAUUG